AUGACAUUGGAGAAAAUACAGCUUCGAGUCUUGAUACGCUAUUGCUGGAAGCGACGACUUUCGACCAGAGAUGCUGCGAAAGAGAUUUGUGACGCUGAAUGCGAAGGAACCGUCCACUACACAACUGUUUCACGAUGGUACAAACGAUUCGAUUCCGGUGACCUUAACCUCGAAGAUCAACCUCGUUCCGGUCGGCCAUCAACGUUGGACAAUGCAGAUCUGCAGGCAGCCUUGGAAGAUGAACCUUCAUCGAGCAGCCGUGAAUUGGCGUCGAUUCUUGGUGUUUCGUCCAAUCAGACUGUGCUCAAUCAUCUGUAUCGAAUGGAUUUUGUGCACAAGAAACCUCGCCAGGGUCCAUACGAGUUAACCGAAGCGCAAGCCAAGCAUCGUGUUGAAGUCUGCCGUCAAUUGUUGGAAAAUCCAUUGGAUGAUCGGUUUUGGAAGCGUAUUGUAACUUCGGACGAAAAAGGGGUCUACUUAAUCAAUCACAACCGACAGAAGCAAUGGGUCCCGCGAGGUCAAAAUCGUUUUGGCAAGAAGGUGAUGAUUUGCGCAUGGUGA